CGCAGAUUCGACGUGCAUGUUGCUUUAGCAUCACCAUGGAAAUCCCAAGGGCCAUAUGGCCUGACGCGGCCUUCGCAAUGCUGAUAGCUGUCGCCGUAAACUUAUCCUACAACUUCAUUCUCGCUUCGAUUCGAUCAAAUCGCGCAUCAAAGGGGAUCAGUCGGAAGCCGUUUGUACCGCAAAAAUUCUUGACUUUAAGAAUUUCCAAUAUACCUUGUAGCGAAACCAACGAGGAGAGAUUGCAUAACAUCUUGAAACAUCUACCAAUCGAGGCCCAAGGUAUUGGUGGCCAGCCCACUGUGCUUGGUUAUUCAUAUUCGCCCACUGCAGUAUCAAGUUUUUCUUCACGAUAUUCAGUCGCUACUGUCACCUUUGAACAUGCCCCAGCCAUCAAGGAACUUGAGACGGUUCUCAAGCAGAAGCUUGGUCGCGCAGCCAACGAUUUGAGAGUCGACCACGAGUUUUUAGGCAUGACACCAUUGCAUAACGGCGGCGGUAUUGACGCACGCGUAGACAUUAUUGCUGUGACAGGACUCGCAGGCCACGCUUUUGGGUCAUGGAAGUCGAAAAACGAACCGCACAUGUGGCUACGCGAUUUUCUUCGACAAUCUGUCCCAAACACACGCAUCUUUACAUACGGUUAUGAUACCAAGAUAUGUGAUAGCCAAUCUGAGGUGUCUAUUCUGGAAUUAGGCAAGACGUUGCUCGAGUCCAUUAAAAUCACUCGAGGAAAGGAUACUAAAGAUCGGCCACUCAUUUUCAUCGCCCAUAGUCUUGGCGGCCUUGUUGUUAAAGAGGCUCUUGUUCGAGCGUCGACCGGCAAUGAAGCGGACCAAACCAUCUCUAGGUCAUGUUAUGCCCUACUGUUCUUUGGCGUCCCAAACAGAGGAUUAAAUAAUUUAAGCUUAAUGUCGAUGGUCAAGGGGCAGCCCAACGAGAGCCUGGUGAGAGAUUUGGAUGAAUCUUCUCGUUUUCUAAGCUCACUCCACGAGAGGUUUAAUGCAUACUUCACUUUUGAUAAUACUCACGUACUGUCUAUAAGUGAAACUAAGCAUACGCCAACAGUCGAGUGGUGCUCCGAAACUGGCAGAUGGGAAAGGACUGGACCCAAAGUCAUGAUGGUUGGGCACACAUCAGCUGCUUACGCUCACCAAACCGAGAAGUUACAUGAUCGCCUUUCUAUAAACGCUGAUCAUUCCGAAAUGGUAAAAUUUGACAACAUAUCGAAUCCAGACUACUCGAUUAUUCAGGAUAAAAUAAAAGAUCUCGUUAACGGGGCUCCGGGAACCAUUCAGGAACGUUUUUACCACCAUUAUAGAAGGAUGAACCAUCUGGAGAAACAAUUCUUACGAAAUUUAAACGCUCCUGAUUAUAAGGCGUUUCGAAUUGACAAGGUUGGCGACCGAACACCAGGAACACUUAACUGGUUUUUGAACAAUGAUCUAUAUCAAUGUUGGACAUCUGCAAAUUCCCCAUCAGGCCUUUGGAUUCAAGGCUCUCCAGGCCAAGGUAAAACAAUGUUGGCAAAAUUCAUCUUGGAACAGUUGGAAGCCUCGGCUCUUGCGUCAGAUCCGCCGGCAGCAGUCAUUUACUUCUUCUUUUAUGAUCAGGAUGAAAGCUUUCGUACCGCGGGGGCCGCCAUGAGAUCCCUUGUUAAACAGCUGUUUCAUCUCGUCCCAGAUGCAUUCCAACUGGUCUCUGAGAGAUUAGAUAUCGAAAGCUCCGCCAUUAGCGAUAGCUCAUUGCGGGACAUUCUUAAGGACUUGCUUCAAACAUCUAGUCUCAGCACGAUAUACUGUGUGAUUGACGGGCUCGAUGAAUGUCAAAGAGAUGAAUCGAAGAAGAUGCUACUUGAGCUUAUUACUGGUAUACUUCGAUCAUCGUCUACACAAGCAAGAAGCCCCACUCCGAUGAUCAAAAUCCUUCUCACUAGUCGCCCCACAGUCGAUAUAUAUGGCGAUCUCCAUCACCUGCCGACUAUUCUACUAAAAGCUAACCAUGACGACCUCAAAGCAUUCAUCAACAAUAAAGUGCACGGGUUGCCAUUUGGCGAAGAUAUCAAGCAGAAGGCAGUCUCUUUAUUAUGUAGCCGUGUGGAGCAAACGUUUUUAUGGAUAUCAAUCGUCCUAAGAAGGCUGGAACGUUCAACACCCUUACUAUCAGAGAUUGAUUUGAAAAAUAUAAUCGAUGAAAGUCCAUCGGAUCUAAAGAGUUUGUUUGAAAGCAUCAUCAGUCAAAUUAAAGAAGAAAAAGACAUGGCAGCUCAAAAACUUUUGGUAUGGGCCGUGCAUGGCAAAAGGCCCUUGAAAUUGGAUGAGCUUCAGGAGGCCAUAGCAGUUCAAGAUGAUUCUACCAGCAAAAGUUCCACCAAGAUGUAUUCGGCAGCUCUCACUGAGAGCCGCGUUACGGCCGCUACAGGAGUAAUACUGGAGAUCAUUGACGGGAGAAUCCAUCUCGUGCACCAGUCGGCAAAAGAAUUCUUUCUGGAUAGCAAGCAUCUUGCCGAAUUUGCGUUUUGCAUGAGCCUGCAUCCGAAUCUAUACUUGGCAAAUAUUUGUAUGACAUAUCUCUGUUUUACAGACUUUGCCGAAUCAGCACCAUGUGGGAACGAUGAUCUUAUGAACCAAAGGCAUGUUGAGUAUCCUUUCCUGCAAUACGCAGCGCGCAAUUGGUAUCGUCAUCUGGAGUCAAGAGAUGUCACUGAAGACGAUAUAAAGAAGUUCUCUAGACUUAUUAGCCAAUUAACCACGCCCAAAUCUCCAACACUCUUGACAUGGGGCGAAGUAAAUGGAAUUGCAAACCUAGAAGAGGCCAUAGAUAACUGGGAGGUUGCCGUGAAGGUCAAUAUUCAGUGGCUAGCUGAGUUGCAAAUGGACUGCUCAGUAAUCACGGAAGAAAUAAUCGAAAAGGCAUUGGCCAAUGGAAUGACAGAAUACGACUGUUUACGACCCCUUGUUAAUAAACACGAUGCUCUCUUUACGGAGAGAGAGCUUUGUCUAGUUGUUGAACACCUUGACCACGCGCUAGUUCGCCAAAUAUUAAGCAAACAACCUGGCACCGUUAUUACCCAAAAUGUUUUUGAAACAGCAGCAGCGAACGUCAAGUAUGGUAGGCUUGUGGUCGAGGAGGUUUUGAAGAUCAAGACUUGUUUCACGGUUACAGAGGAAUUUAUCAUUCUAGCACAAAAAAACAUUGUAAACGGCAAAGAUAUCAUUCAGUUCAUCAUAACCAAUUACAACAUGGAGAUUUCAACGGAAGGGGUACGACAAAUCGUCGCAGGUGGAGAUACAGAAUUGGUGAAGCUAUUGUUUAGGAGAGAGCAACUCAACGGUCUUCAAGCAGCACUUGAAUUAGCAGUGGACCGUGUGAAUUAUGAAAUGGUGAAGGUCUUAUUAGAGAAGGGAGGAAACGAAACAAUGGUUACAGAAAAAUGUAUGGAGUAUAUGGUGGACUCAUUUGACCACGACGACGUGAAACGCCUUCUUCAAACGUAUAAAAGGAAGGCCAAGGUUACAGAAAAUAUUAUUAUAAGAACUGCGAAGAACGAGAAAAAGAGAAAGCACUUGCUGUUAUUUUUCUUGGAAGAGCGAGGCGAAGACUUCCAACUUACAGAGGGGAUACUAAAAGCAAUUAUAAGUACCGAGGACGCCAAGAAUGACGCAUUAAAGUUCCUCCUUGAAAAGAGAAACUAUGAGAUACAUAUGACGGAAGAUAUUUGGAAAGAAGCCGCAGCCAAUGACUCAAAUGGUGAGACAGUUGGUCUCCUUCUUAGAGCGAGAAGCCACGAGUUUGAUAUUAGUGAAGAGAUUUUGAGAAGCGCCGCGGAGAAUCCAUUGUGCGGUCAUAAAGCUAUGAGAUUUUUCUUAGACGCACGAGGAUCCGACAUUCAGAUUGCAGAAAGAAUCGUGAAAGAAACAUUAAAAGGCUAUUUCAAUCAAGAGGAGAUAGCAAGCCUUCUCUCGGAGGCACAAAGACGUGGUGUCUUGCUCAAUAGAGAGGAUAUCGUGAAAGCGGCAGCUGGGACACGCGGUGCUGACGCUAUGAAAGCUCUGUUGGAGACAUCAAAACAUGAGAUCCAGAUAACCGAAGAAAUUCUGAAAGAGGUUGUAAGAAGUUCAUUUGAUGACAGAAUUAUGAAAUUUCUUCUCGAGAGCAAAGGCAAUGAGAUCCAGAUUACUGAGGAAGUUUUAAUAGAAGCGGCGCGAAAUUCAUUUGGUCAUCACGUCUUACGGUCCAUAUUUCAGGAAGUUGACAAUGAAAUCCAAAUUGGAGAAGAAGUUCUGAAAGCGGUAGUAAAAAAUAAGCUCGGUGGCCAUCGAAUUAUAAGACUCAUUUCAGAGGAAAUGGGAAACAAGAUUACAAUUACAGAGGGAGUCCUGAUAGAGGCAGCAAGAAAUAGGACUGACUGGGCAACAAUCCUCUUCAUCUUGGAGACCUAUGGAGACAAGAUUGAGAUUACAGAGGAGGUUCUAAAGGCAACUAUAAGAAAGAAGUCCAACCUCCGAAUACUGUCUAUUAUCUCAAAAUUCAAGAGGGAAGAGGUCCGGAUUACCGAUGAGAUCAAGGAGCUUAUGAGCGAGGAGCAACUCGAAUGCUGGACUAGACCAGAACAUUACCUCCCUCCAUGGUUACGUUUAACUAAUCAAAGUGAUGAAUGAAUGAAGGCAUUUGAUGUUGGGUAGACGGUAAUAAAAAAUUGUUAAAGGGAUUACAUCUAGCUUCUCAUGUUCGCUGUGUUCUCCUUCUUGACAAUGCCUUGCUUAUACUAGCGAGUAGCAUUACAAUUGUU